UAAUGUUGCAUAGCUAUUCAUCGAGAUGAUGGCGCUAUCGUGUUUCACCCCCAUCAUCGCGAAACCUCCUUCAUCCAUUAUCUGCAAAUGCACCAAACCCUCCACCAACCACGCGCUCGACGCCGCGUACAUCAAACGCGCCGCCCUCAUCGCCGACAAAUCCGCCGGUUUCACUGCACCCCACCCCAACUUCGGCUGCGUCAUCGCCACCCCUUCCGGUGAUGUCGCCGGCGAGGGAUACCUCUACGCGGAGGGAACCACUCCUGCCGAGGUGCAGGCCGUCACCGCCGCCGGAGAGCGAUGUCGCGGCGCCACUGCUUACCUCAACAUGGAACCCGGCGACUGCCACGCUGACAGUGCUGCUGUGUCUGCUCUGCUUCAGGGAGGGGUGAAGAGAGUUGUCAUUGGAAUGAGGCAUCCAUUGCAGCAUCAUCGGGGCAAUGCCGUGCGUGCACUCAGAGGUGAAGGACUGCAAGUUGAUCUUCUUGGAGAGGAUCUCACUAGUAAGCUUGUUGAGGAUGCCCAGAAAGAAUGUCUUCUUGUCAAUGCCCCUUUGAUUUGUAGAGCUACUUCGCGCAUUCCCUUUUCUGUUCUCAAGUAUGCUAUGACCCUUGAUGGAAAAAUUGCUGCUAGCUCUGGCCAUGCAUCAUGGAUAAGCAGCAAAGAAUCUAGAAAUCUAGUUUUUGAUCUGCGAGGUAGAAGUGAUGCGGUUAUUGUGGGAGGAAAUACAGUUCGAAAGGACAAUCCAAGACUGACUGUCAGACACGGAGGUGGGCGUAUGCCUGUUCGCAUUGUAAUGUCCCAGACUCUCAAUCUUCCAGAUGAAGCGCAUCUAUGGGACACUUCUGAGGUUUCUACCAUGGUUGUAACACAGAGGGGUGCAAGGAGGAGUUUCCAGAAGCUGCUUGCAUCUAAAGGAGUUGAAGUAGUGGAGUUUGACAUGUUAAAUUCCCAAGAUGUUAUGGAGUACUUUCAUGAUCGUGGGUAUCUUUCAAUUUUAUGGGAAUGUGGAGGAACAUUGGCUGCCUCUGCUAUUUCAUCCGGAGUAAUUCACAAGGUUUUUGCAUUUAUUGCUCCUAAAAUUAUUGGUGGAAAGAAUGCACCAUCUCCCGUGGGUGAACUUGGGAUGGUUGAGAUGUCACAGGCUUUAAAUCUAAUUGAUGUUCGCUAUGAACAGGUUGGUCCUGACAUGCUUGUUAGUGGAUUUCUUCAGCCCUUACCAGACAUGGUACCUGUAAUCCCAUCACUGGAGGAAACUUUUGUUGUUGAUCCUACUAUCUCGCGAUACGAGUCUAGCAUCAUAUUUUUCUAUAAAACAUGGGAUCCUUACGGUGCAUUUUCAAAUUUCUCUCCUCAUGCCAUUCAAAUGCCUGAUGAAAAUGGUGAUUAUGUGACUUGGUCAAGUGUGGAGCAUUUUUACCAGGCACACAAGUUUGUUGGGGCGGAUGAUGCUUGUGCAGAUUGUGUUGAAAGGAUUAAAUCUGCAAAAAGUCCAGAAGAGGCUGCAAAAAUAGGAAGGUCAAUGCAAAGGAAACGUCCAGAUCUGGUAAGGCCUGGCUGGGACAACAUGAAGAUUGAUGUCAUGUACAGAGCACUGAAAUGCAAGUUCUCAAUGUACCCACAUUUGAAAUCGAUGCUGCUUGCAACUGCUGGUUGUGUUCUAGUUGAGGCUUCACCACAUGAUCUGUUCUGGGGUGGGGGGCGACAGGGAGAUGGCUUAAAUUAUCUUGGCCAACUGUUGAUGAAAUUGAGAUCAGAGUUUCUUGGAGAAUCUUCAUCAAGUGAGGCCCCUAGUUUAACUGUAUAGAAUGUAAUGAAAUUUCAAAGUUGAAUUUUAAAUUUAAGUUAUUUUGUAUCAGAUUUUAAAUUUUGAAUUAAAUUCUCCCAUGCAUAAAGCUCCCGCAUGUGCGGGGCCUAAAAGAGGUCCGACCAUUUGGUUUAUGUUACACAAUUUUACAAGAGGCUAAUUCCAUGAAAAGUUUCUGGAAUUAGUAACAUUUUUUUACACAUGAUUCUAUAAUUUUAAAUGUUGUCA